AUGUACACUGAUCAUCAGGGCACUGAUGAUCAGUGUGCCCUGAUGAUCCACCUGUGUAUCCAUCCCAGCUGUCAGUGCUCAUCAGUACCCACCUGUCAGUGUCCAUCAGUGCCACCUAUCAGUGUGCAUCAGUGCCGCCUAUCAGUGCCCUGUCAGUGCUGCCUAUCAGUGCCAUCUAUCAGUGCCGCCUAAUAGUGCCAUAUAUGAGUGCUGCCUUUCAGUGCCCUUCAGUAAUGCCUGUCAAUGCCCAUCAAUGCCACCUACUAGUGCCUCCUCAUCAGUGCCCACCUAUCAGUGGCCCAUCAGUGCAGCCUAUCAGUGCCAUCACUGCAGCCUCAUUAGCGCACAUCAGUGAAGGAUAAAAAUCACCUAUUUACAAAACUUUAUAA